CUCGCCUCAUCCCUCCUCGCCAUGUGUGUUUGACGUCAGAAACUUAGGAGGGGCUCCUGCCUGGAGCUGCUUGGCCGUUCGUGGUGCUGCAAAUUGCCCCGUGCUGUGCUACCGUUGCGCGUAUCGGAGCUUCCGCGUUUCUCCUGCGGCUUUUCGUGCUCGCCCAUGCUCCUCUAGUCCGACGCCUCGUCCCGGCCGCUCGCGCCCGAGCCGACGUCAGACAUGCCGUUCUAGCGGAGCCCUGCGAUGGAUUCGAAGCUGUGUGAUUAGGCAGGAGCGGCAUGGAUUCACCGUGGUGUCCCAUCCUCUUCGCAGCACUGGCUCUAAGCCUCUGCCCCUCACCUGCCCUCGCUGAUAAAAGAUUCGGUUGCCUGUUCGAGGACGAGCUCUGUGCCCCGUACGAGUUCUGCGUCAACGAUGGAGUGUUCGGGCGAUGCCAGGAGCUGGCUGCCGCCAACCUGUCCACGUACGACGUUUCCCCCUCUGCUCUGCAGCGCCUCAGGAUCCUCCUCCAGAAACUGGCUCGCCGAGGUCUGACGUGGCGCGAUGACAUCACUCAGCAGGUCAUCUCCAGAGAGCUCUCCAAGCUGAGGAGCGUCCCCCUCCGCCACCAGGCCACGCCCCCCGGCCCGCCGGCCGCCUACGGCAGCGUCGGGGGCGGGAAGCGGAGGCCGACGCAGGCGGAGCUGAGCAGGAACCUGCAGCAGUACCUGUCGGGCCUGGGCCUCCUGCCACAGGCUGCAGCGGACGGGCGGCCCGGGGGCCGAGCCGAGGGAGCCAGCGCUCAGGAUGGAGACAUCAAGCUUCCGAGCAUCCAGCUGCCCGCUCAGCCAAAACCCCAGCAGGGCUGGAAGGAGACCACUAUCUACAGCCUUCAGAAAGGAGCUGGACAACCUCCCGUCACCAAAGUUGUCACUCAGAGCGGGGAGGGCCGGCACCCCGAGCUCAGCGCAGCCUACUCCCACCCCGACCCGGGGAACGGCAAGCUGCUUUCCAGCCAUCUGGAAUGGCUCCUGGCCGGGGCGCCGGGCUCUCAUAAGGACGCCCCAGCUGGAGAGGCCGCGUGGCCCCAAGGGAGGCUCCACCACCUCAGCGGCGGCAUCCAGCAGCCUCCGAGCGGCCGCGCAGAGUCGCAGCCUCAGGUGGCAUUUGGCUCCAAAACCCAGAGGCCUAAUCUGGACAGGCUGCUGUUCAAGGCUGGCUCAAACCGCCCGGCGGCCAAGGAGACGCUUAGAGUCAUGGAUGAGCGACUCAUCCAGAAUGUGGUGAACCAGCUGGGAAGGCACAGCGUCGACAUGGAGGCUUUGAUGGGUAAAGACCUGGACCAGCUGGCUGAAGUCAUCACAGGGGCUCUGCAGGAGGUGGAUGAGGAACAGCCUGUGGCUGGGGCCCAGCCAAGACCAGGAGCUGCUGACUCCAGGGGGGACACGGAGGCUAACAGGGAGCCACUGGCACCCGUGCAGCUGAAUCAGUACCAGGACCUGAAAUCAGACAAAGGGCAGGAUUCAAACCAGGAAAAUACACUGAGAGUGAAACAGCAAGGCCAACAAAUAGACGGCGCAGACAAAGAGCCUGUUGACAAGUAUGCGUCGUACUUCUCCAAGCUGCUGGACUACCUCAACCUGGACACCGUGGGCGCUGCCCCAGAGGUCCACAGCGGGCCUCCAGCUCCCCUUCACAAACUGGUGGGACUGGAGAACGUCCAGAGCCGCACGUCGCAGGGCCGCGCUCCCGCCCCCGCGCUCACCCGCUGGGAGGAGAAACCCGCCCCCGCGAAGGCGGGUUCCGCCCUGCGGCUAACCGGCGGCGCCGCGGGGCCCGACGCGCAGGUGGACUCUGACGCGGAGAGGUGGAGGCAGGGGAUGGAGGCCCCGGCGCUGGAGGAGGCGCAGAAGAAGGACGUGAAAGUCAAAACGCAGCUGGUCCACGUGGGGGUGAAGGAGUUCUCCAGCAGAGGGAAGGACAGACACUUUGGCUACAUCAUCACCGGUUCAGACUCCCUCACCAACGACCAGAGCGAGGCCCUCAUGGAGCGUCUGACUCAGAAGCUGGACCUCCACGCCGCCGACCUCACCCAGCUCUCUGUCCUGGGUCCAGCGUUGACCUUCAGACUCGGCCACAACCCCAAGAACGUGACCACCGCCGACCUGGUUCAAGUCGCAGUCCAAGACAAGCAGCAGCUGGAGAAGGAGACAGGCCUGAAGAUAGUGGAGGCUGGAGUCAGUGAUAGGGGCAGCCUGACCCAGAUCCCCGUGGUGAAGGAGACCCGGGUGGAGUCGGGCCAGUUCCUGCUGCUCUCCGUCCUCUGCAUGCUCUUCAUCCUGCUGGCGCUGGCCGUGUCCGCCACCUUCUUCUGCGUGCGCCAGCGCUCCCACCUCCGCAUGAAGGAGAAGCUGGCCAGCCUGGGGACGGAUACCAGCACUGAUGCUACCGCCACCUAUCAGGAGCUGUGUCGCCAGCGAAUGGCAAUCAGGGCGUCGGAGCGCGUCGAGCGUCCGGAGACCCUGCGCCACUCGCGGCUCAACAGCGUGUCGUCCCAGUUCAGCGAUGGGCCCGCGGCCAGUCCCUCCACCCGCAGCAGCACGUCGUCCUGGUGCGAGGAGCCGGUGCCCUCCAAUAUGGACAUCUCCACCGGUCACAUGAUACUGUCGUACAUGGAGGACCACUUGAAGAACAAGAACCGUCUGGAGCGCGAGUGGGAGGCCCUCUGCUCCUACCAGGCAGAGCCAGGCACCUGCAGCGUGGGGCAGGGCGAGCAGAACUCAAAGAGGAACCGCUCAGACGCCGUAGUUGUAUACGAUCAUUCCAGGAUCACCUUGAAAGCUGAAAACAACCACAGCAACUCAGAUUACAUCAAUGCCAGCCCAAUCAUGGACCAUGACCCCCGCAACCCUACUUACAUCGCCUCGCAGGGCCCACUUCCUUCCACCGUGGCCGACUUCUGGCAGAUGGUGUGGGAGAGCGGCUGCGUGGUCAUCGUCAUGCUAACCCCGCUUUCAGAAAACGGAGUCAAGCAGUGCCACCACUACUGGCCCGACGAGGGCUCGGACGUCUACCACGUCUACGAGGUCAACUUGGUGUCCGAGCACAUCUGGUGCGAGGACUUCCUGGUGCGGAGCUUCUACCUGAAGAACCUGCAGACCAACGAGACCCGCACCGUCACCCAGUUCCACUUCCUGUCCUGGAUGGACCGCGGGAUCCCCACCUCGGCCCGGACUCUCUUGGACUUCCGCAGAAAGGUUAACAAGUGCUACCGGGGUCGGUCUUGCCCGAUAAUUGUUCACUGCAGCGAUGGAGCCGGCAGGAGUGGGACUUACAUUCUGAUUGACAUGGUCCUCAAUAGGAUGGCGAAAGGUGCUAAAGAGAUUGAUAUUGCCGCUACCCUGGAGCACUUGAGAGACCAGAGAGCUGGCAUGGUCCAGACAAAGGAGCAGUUCGAGUUUGCGCUGACAGCCGUGGCAGAGGAGGUGAACGCCAUCCUGAAGGCGCUUCCUCAGUGAAGGCACCCCCCCCCCCCCCCCCCCCCCCCCCCCCUCCUUCUCCUCGCUCGCUGAGCACCGGCUUCCUCUGCCCACUCAAGACUGACACCGCUCUCACCCCUUCCUCUCCCCCGCUCCGUCUCUCCCUCUCCUGUCUCUCCCUCCUCCUCACCUCUAUAUAUACUGUAUACUUAUGAAUGUUGUGCCAGAUACCUCACCGGGAUCCAUAUUCACAAAUUCCAACCUCAGAGUGCGGCUGUUGAUCUGGGAUCUGUGUCGCCGGGGCGAUGCAGGAGCAUUUGUGGCGCCCGGAGCCGUCGUGAGAUCAGCGCUGCUACUGUGAGCUUCUUUGUCGAUAUGAAGCCUGGUGCUCUAUAACUGUGAUGUUGUUCCUGAACAUACUGUUCUAGUGCCACUCACCAGAUGUUUACGUGAUGUCAAGUGUGGAUUUUUGUUCCAAAAUCUACGGAAAAAAACUGGUGCAGAUGCUGAAAACGUGACUAUUGGCACGUGUACUGUAAAACAAACUACAGUAGGGCUGCAGUUAUUUCAUGUAAGGAUCAGUCAGUAUAAUUGUUUAAGCUAAGCUAAGCUUGAAAUACUACAGAAACGAUUAAUGAGCAGAUUGAUUCAUCACUGCAGCCCUCAACAUGAUGACUUUUAGGUUAUUAUUAUGUAAAAUACGUCCAGUUGCCUGUAAAAAUCCUAUUAUUGUGCGGACUGUAUUCCUAAAUGAAGUGAUGUAGCGUUCUGGAAAUGAAUUUCCCCUGAAUCAACUGUCUACUCAGCAUCACACGUGCAGACGUUGACGUGUGUGUCACCCAAGAGCCUCAAACCUCAUGAUUAUUGCAACAUAUCAGGUGUUUUUAAUCCCUCAUCACAAUGAUUUGACAUUUUGCAUCAUGAUCCUCUCAUGAGCAUCUAUCUCUGUUACUAUUAAAUGUGCAAUAUACCUACUGAGAUACACGUGCUUCUAUUUAGAAAUAUUAUCAAUCUAGAUUGGUAAAGAUAUUAUAUAUUUAAGUAGAACAUAUAUCAGGAUUGUUGCUAAAUUAUUUUGUCCCUCCAUCACUGGUAUAUUGUGAUAUUUUGUGCAACAGAUUAUUCUACUCUUUAUGUAUAGAUAAUGAAUGACUUCCUAUUUAGUGCUAUCUGGAAUAUCCACUGAGAGCCUCAAGGAGAUCCAUAUAUUUUGUGUGAAAAGUAACGUUCAGAUUGGUAAUAAAUCAGAACAGUUGUUGCUGCUU